UUAAGUGUGUGUGCAGACACGAUGCCCACCCGCCACAUCCACCGGGGGCUCCUCUUCUUCUACAGGAAUUCGAGGCUGUCUUCUUCUACUAGUAAAUUGUAGAAACAAAGAUGAUAAUAUCAUGAUUUGGAAUCCCGUCUCAUCAGGUGGAUCUCACUCUGCAAGCAAAUUACGUGGAAGAAUAUCUGAAUAGGUUUCCCUGCUAGUUUAAAGAUUCCACAUGAGCAAUCAUUCCUGCAAAAUUCUAGUCAAUCUGCGCUCCCCCUGGGCAGGAAAGCACUAAGUUAUUGGAGGUAACUCUAGAUGUGCGGGAAGAUUUGGCAAAUUCACAGCAACCGGACUACAGGAACUGUUCAAUGGGUCCAAGGGCACUGCACAACGCUAUCUUUCAGGAUGCCGGGGAUAGUUGGCGCGGGCAAAUGGAGCCGUUAAACGUGUCAGAUUAGUAGAUGUAAUUAGUACUGUGCACACACUCCCGUAUGCGAAAGAGGUUUAGCUGGUUUCAACGUGAAAGCCCUAGCGUGUGUGCCCGCUUCGACUUAUUAUAAGGAGCGCCUCAUAUCAAGACCGUUCCCUGCUGUGGAACAAAUGUACUGCGCCAGAGUGGAGGACAGUUGCAGAGUGUUCACUGUCAGGCUGGCCUCGAAGCUACUCCGUUCCCAUCGGCGCUCUCCACAGGAAUAGGUGUCUAGGUAAACAUUUUUUGUGUGUCGGUCGCCUGCUCGUGUGGAAGGGAGUUCGGUACAUACUCAGCGUCGUAAUCGACACAUGAGAGCGACCGAGAUGCAGCUUUUGUCUGAACUAGGGGGGCAUGCCCAACUAGUCACGAAUCUAGACAUUACAAUGUGAGGGUCUGAGCUUGUUUGGGCAGCUUGCUUGGAGUAUUGAGGAGAUGUAAAAUGCGGGGAGGUUUGAUAGGGAUGUGAAUCUGUGAUUGCGUAAGAUCGUUCCCAGUUGCAGAGAAUUUGGAAACAUGGCGACUCCCGUGGUACAGUCGGCGUACAACCAGACGGGCGGAGUUUCGCCUGAUUGGUUGAACAAGGGCGACAACGCAUGGCAACUGACGGCGUCGACACUGGUGGGGCUGCAAUCCAUGCCCGGCUUGGUGAUCCUCUACGGGAGCAUCGUGAAAAAGAAGUGGGCAGUGAACUCGGCCUUCAUGGCGCUAUACGCGUUCGCUGCGACGCUUCUGUGUUGGGUGACAUGGGCUUACAAGAUGUCUUUCGGCGAGCAGCUGCUGCCCAUCUGGGGAAAGGCGGGCACAACACUGGGCUACACCUUCAUGCUCGACCAAGCACGUCUGCCGUCCACGAUCCACUACUACAAGAAUAAUACAAUUGAGAUGCCUGCUUCGGAGGGGUUUUAUGGCAUGGCUGACAUGGUGCUGUACCAGUUCUUCUUCGCUGCGAUCACGCUCGUUCUGCUUGCGGGCUCAGUGCUUGGGCGGAUGAGCUUCCGCGCUUGGAUGCUGUUUUGCCCCUUGUGGCUGACGUUUUCUUACACUGUGGGGGCGUUCAGUGUGUGGGGUGGGGGCUUUCUGUGGCAGUGGGGGGUGAUCGACUACGCAGGGGGUUAUGUCAUCCAUGUCUCCUCUGGCGUUGCAGGCUUCGUUGCAGCGUAUUGGGUAGGGCCGCGGCUGGCGAAGGAUCGUGAACGAUUUCCACCGAAUAACGUGCUUCUCAUGCUUACGGGCGCCGGGCUACUCUGGAUGGGAUGGUCAGGUUUCAACGGGGGUGCGCCGUUCAGCGCCAAUCUAAUCUCAGGCUUGGCCGUGCUCAACACGCACAUCUGCGCCGCGACCAGCCUCUUGACGUGGACUACCCUGGACGUCAUCGUCUUCGGGAAGCCAUCAGUCAUCGGCGCUGUGCAAGGCAUGAUGACGGGGCUUGUGAUGAUUACCCCCGCUGCUGGUUUUGUCCCUGGGUGGGCGGCGCUUGUGAUGGGAAUUCUGGCAGGAAGCAUUCCAUGGUGGACGAUGAUGUGUCUGCACAAGCGCUGGUCGCUGCUGCAGAGGGUGGACGACACGCUUGGGGUUUUCCACACACAUGCUGUGGCGGGAUGCUUAGGCGGGCUAUGCGUGGGACUAUUUGCAGAGCCCCGUCUGUGCGAGUACAUGAAUCACGCGGUGACCAAUUCCAACGGGCUGUUCUAUGGCGGUGAUGGCGGGAUGCAAGUGCUAAAGCAGGUCGUUGGCGCGGCAUUCAUCAUAGGCUGGAAUAUCGUGGUGACCACCUUGAUUAUGUUUGCCAUCCGCUUCGUCAUGCCCCUGCGCAUGUCGGAGGAGCACUUGCUUGUAGGCGACGACGCCGAGCACGGCGAAGAAGCCUAUGCGCUCUGGGGCGACGGUGAGAAAUUCGACGUCACUCGACACAUCCACAGUGAUCUCGAAAUGGAGCAGAGUCGCUUUGGUGUUCGACAGUCUCAGACGUUUGCUCCCAACACCAUACUGCAUAUCUAAGGAUUACUCGCGUCCACAGCGAGCGGUAUCAUUUCGGGCUGCAAAAUCUCCGCCAUACCUCUUCAUCACAUCAUAGCAUCAUCUCUCGCUGUUGGGUGUAACUCAUAAUUCUGUCAUAGCCUCAUGACCAGCAAACUAUUGAUGGACCUCUGAACUUAAGGGCCAACAUAAUCAUUCCGGUGUGCACGCAGCACAACCUCAUCGUCAAUGGUGAUCGGUAGAAGCAUUGGCCAUCUAUUAUUCACCACUUCGUUGAUGGCACUGGAUUAAGAUCGUGCACAACGAUUACAUCACUAAGCACCACGAUCAUGAACACUUCGUGGCGCCAAGUGUAAUUCUAAUUUGUAGAUCACGUGUUUCAUUAACUUAGAUAUGUACCCGAAGUGCUCACCGAAACAAGAGCCAGGAUUUAGGGUUUAGCGUGGACAUUCAACAUGUCACAGACUGUAGAUAAGCUGGAAAUGGUAUCCCGCCCAUUGGCAUCAGCACAGAAUUCUAGAGUUCGCAGCGCAAUGUCUAGACGAUGGUCACCUGACUGAUUGGCCACGUUCACGGAGCAGUAAAGCAAGUUACUGUGCGAGUACUUUAGAGCUUGUGAGUUGUAGGCCGCAAGCAAAUAGGGUGAUGUUCAAGGCUCACUCGGAAACUUUCCAGUGAUGUUUAGAUCACAUUCAUGUUACGUGUACAAUGUUAACUUUCCUGCAAUGAAUCCACACUCAAAAGUACCGUAAA